UGUAGCUUGCGUCUUGAACCACUUUUCCCCAAAACAUGGAAUCAACUCAAUCUUUUGGCUGAACCUUUAUUAUGGCGGCGCAUCCUGCCAGUGCUGGCCAUAUUCAGCAUUCCGUUAUGUCGGCCUCUGAGACUGUUUCGUCCAUUGUGGAAAGCUUCACGAAGCUGCCAGGUACCAUGAAUGCAUCAGUACCGUCUACAGUGGCUUUGGCCAAUGCGACAGCAAUAGAGCAGGCACAUGUCCAACGCUCUUGGCUCGGGUUAUUUGCCAAGAUGAUUCUAUUUCUGAUCAAGCUUGUCCCAGGCAUUCUGUACUGGCUCAUUACUUUCACGACGAUUACUCUUCCAACAUUCCUCUUUACUCUUUUCUCAACCAGCUUGACUGUCACCAUGAAUGCAACUACAGUAAUGCUAAUUGUCGUUGCAUUUGUCUCGACGGUGAGUUGGUUCGUGAGGUAUAGGUUCUUGAAUAUGUACUCUCGACUUCCUCCCGAACCUCAAAGAAAGGAGCCCGAAAUAGACCUAUAUCCCGAUACACAAGAAGAGGGGUCAAAGUCAGGGUUUUCGAAUUAUCUAGACGAAUUCCUCAGCGCGAUUAAAGUUUUUGGAUAUCUAGAGCGGCCUGUCUUCCAUGAGCUUACUAGGUCGAUGCAAACAAGAAAGCUCAUAGCUGGAGAAACCUUGAAUCUAGAAGAAGAGAAGGGUUUUUGCCUAGUUGUUGACGGGCUGGUGGAGAUAUUCGUCAAGUCGUCGAGGGAGGGAAGAGGUUCCGAUUCAGAACCAUCCAAGUUCCACCCAGACGAAUCGUCAGAUAGUGGCGAAGAGCAAUAUGGACGGACAUCCCAACAAGGCUAUCAGUUACUUACUGAGGUCAAAAAUGGAGCCCCCAUGUCCUCGCUCUUUUCGAUUCUAUCUUUAUUCACGGAAGAUGUGAAGCUCAGAUAUACCGAAGACGAUGAGUUGGACGCGGGUCUGAAUGCCGGCUUCGGCCACCAACGCUUUCCAUCAAGUGCUGGAUUAAGCCAUAACCAUGACACGCCUCCAUCCUUACCCACGAGCCCUAUCUACGGAGCAACUCUUCACGAUGGACGACCGACUGGUCGAGACCGACGUUCAUCAACUUUGGCCAGCUCUACAGCUGGUGGGACGUUACCCAAAGUCCCCCCUCUGUCUUUGGAUCCAUCUAGAGAUACUGUAAGACCAAGGGCAAAGCCUCGAAGGGUUAACACGAGCUCUGCUCAUCCAGAUAUCGUUGCUCGAGCCACAGUUGAUACAACUAUUGCAAUUAUUCCUGCCAGCGCUUUCCGUCGUCUCACAAGAGUGUACCCAAAAGCUACUGCGCAUAUCGUGCAAGUAAUACUUACUCGAUUACAACGAGUCACCUUAGCCACUGGUCAUUCGUACCUUGGCUUGACAAGUGAAGUCUUACGUACAGAAAAGCACAUGAACAAGUACACUACCUAUGAGCUUCCCAAUUUCCUGCGCGGUGAUGCUCUAGAGCGCUUGAAAGAGAAGUUCAUUCGAGAAAGAGAAAGGAUUGGGACAGAAGAAGGCAGCAAAGGGAUCGCCUUACACAAUGCUGGGUCGGGCCGAAGACGGCGAUCUAGUAACAGCCUUCGCAAAGAGGCUACUCUUCAUGCUCUGUCCGGAAAAGGGUCGGCUUCGGCGAGCACCAACACAUUGACAUCCUCGCCAAGCAGAGAUACAGGUGCAACCCCGAGUCCAGGAGAUCUGCUCACAAAUAUCCAAAUGUCUAGAAGUGGCGGACGUCGAAGCAGUACGAAGCUCGGCGAUACAAUGCCUCCUUCCUACAAUGGGCAGGGUCCAGAAGUUUGGCAUCAUGACACCGAAAGUCCCUUGGCGCAGAGGUCAUUCAACCCGUUCAACAGUGCCCAUCCGAGAAUGACUCUGCAUCGUCAAGAUUCCGUCGAUGAGGAUAGCAUAUUCCGACGAUCCAUCCUAGAAUGUAUCUUCAAGGCUAUCGGUUUGACAAACACCAAGAACGCCUUGAGGAUGUCUGAUUCCGUUGAAGGAUCCCCACGACUCGUUUCAUAUGAUCAAAGACGGCAGAAAGCUAUAUUCACUAGCAAUGCCUUUGGUUUAAUUGAUCCGUAUGAAGGCUCUGCGGAUGGCGACACAGAAUCAAUGACUUCUGGAGGGACGAAUACUGGAAAUGUGCCAAGUACACAAAGUCUAGCCCAUGAAUUGCGAGACGACGUAGAAAUCGUGUACUUUCCCAAGGGAUCCGUGCUCGUGGAGCAAGGGGAGAGAAACCCGGGCCUGUAUUAUGUGAUUGAUGGUUUCCUGGAUGUCAGCGUCCCAGAUGAAGAUCAAGCAGAUUCUUCAGUGCUUGGCACCACACAUCGAACUUCGGCAGGAGUCAUGGAAGAAACACUGGCUCCAUUGUCUCGGACUCGUACCGGGUCUUCGAGAGCUUCAGGCUCAGCCAGAGGUUCAUCUGGACCCGAGGCGAAAAAGCGAAAGCCAGUUGGCCGGAAAAGUCUAGCAUUGAUCAAACCUGGAGGAAUCGCAGGCUAUAUUGGAACGAUAUCCUCUUAUCGCUCAUUCAUCGACGUUGUGGCUAAGACUGAUGUAUAUGUUGGCUUCCUCCCCCGAUCUUCAUUAGAGAGGAUUGUGGAGAAGUAUCCAGUGGUUCUCUUGACCAUGGCCAAACGUUUGACCAGUCUAUUGCCCAGGUUGAUCUUACAUAUUGACUUCGCGCUAGAAUGGGUGCAGGUUAAUGCUGGCCAGGUAAUAUACCAUCAAGGCGACGACAGUGACGCCAUAUACAUUGUGCUCAACGGACGACUUCGCUUAGUCAAAAACAACGAAGAAGCAGGCAUGAAAGUCGUGGGCGAAUAUGGCCAGGGAGAAAGUGUUGGUGAAUUGGAAGUAAUGACCGAAUCAGUUCGGCCUGCAACACUGCAUGCAAUCAGAGAUACAGAGCUCGCAAAAUUCCCUAAGACCUUGUUCAACAGUCUCGCACAGGAGCACCCAGGAAUCACUAUCAAGAUCUCCAAAAUCAUCGCCUCGCGUAUGCGUGCGUUAGUUGAAGAUCCUGUCUUCGUCCAAGGGAAGGAGAAGACAACCACCGCCACCAACAACAAAGUGUCUUCGACCAUCAAUCUUCGGACUGUCGCAAUCCUACCGGUCACUGCCGGUGUUCCUGUAGUCGAAUUUGGUAGCCGCUUGAUGAAUGCACUCAGCCAAAUUGGUGCACCAAAUGGUGUGACCUCACUGAACCAUGCAGCGAUUUUGAAUCACCUAGGCAGACACGCUUUCAGUCGAAUGGGAAAACUCAAAUUGUCGCAGUAUCUAGCUGAUCUUGAGGAGAAGUAUGGCUUGGUUCUUUACAUAGCUGAUACAAACGUCAAUUCUCCUUGGACCCAAACCUGUAUCAGCCAAGCCGAUUGCAUUUUACUUGUAGGUCUAGCAGAAGGUUCGCCUGCUAUUGGCGAAUAUGAACGUUUCUUGCUGGGGAUGAAGACUACUGCAAGGAAAGAGUUGGUUCUGCUACACGCAGAUCGUUUCUCUCCUCCUGGCUUGACUCGAGCUUGGCUGCGGAACAGAGUCUGGAUCAACGGUGGUCACCACCACGUACAAAUGGCAUUUCGCACGAGUUCAGUUCCUGUUCAUCCGCAGACAAGGAAAUUCGGUUCGGCAUUGAAACAGCGUGUUCAAGUUCUACAGGCAGAAAUCCAGAAGUACACCUCUCGACGGGUGCGCCAAACACCAUUAUACUCUUCCGAGACACCGUUCAAAGGAGACUUCCACAGAAUUGCAAGACGGCUGUGUGGAAAGUCAAUUGGCUUGGUGUUAGGCGGAGGAGGUGCUCGUGGUAUGGCGCAAGUGGGCAUCAUCCGAGCAUUAGAAGAGGCCGGGAUCCCCAUCGACAUCAUUGGUGGCACUUCAAUCGGAUCUUUCAUUGGAGCACUCUAUGCACGCGAUGCUGACGUUGUUCCCAUGUAUGGGCGGGCGAAGAAAUUCGCUGGUCGAAUGGCAAGUAUGUGGCGCUUCGCGCUUGACUUGACAUAUCCAUCUGCAUCGUACACCACGGGCCAUGAGUUCAAUCGCGGAAUCUUCAAAACCUUCGGGAAUACUCAAAUCGAAGACUUUUGGCUUGAAUUCUAUUGCAACACCACCAACAUCAGCAAGAGUCGAUCCGAGAUUCACACAAGUGGUUAUGCAUGGCGAUAUGUAAGAGCAUCGAUGUCGUUGGCUGGCCUUCUCCCACCUCUGUGUGACGAAGGAGACAUGCUCUUAGAUGGCGGAUAUAUCGACAAUCUCACGGUGUCACACAUGAAGUCUCUGGGAGCUGACGUUAUCUUCGCCAUAGACGUUGGUAGCCUUGACGAUGAUACUCCCCAAACAUUCGGAGACUCGCUAUCAGGAUUCUGGGCUUUCGCAAAUCGGUGGAACCCCUUUUCAUCGCUCCCCAAUCCACCCACACUUGCCGAAAUCCAGGCAAGGUUGGCAUACGUGUCGAGUGUCGAUGCUCUGGAGAGAGCCAAAAUGACACCUGGGUGCCUCUACAUGAGACCUCCUAUUGAUAAUUACGGUACUUUAGACUUUGGCAAGUUCGACGAAAUCUAUGCUUUAGGUUAUAAGUACGGACAAGAAUACUUAUCAAAGAUGAGAGAUGAAGGCGUCUUACCUUUGGUGGAUGAGACAGAAGAGAAAAAAGCCUUAAGAAGGACAAUGGCUCCUCGGCGGGCUAGUAUUUAGAUUCGUACUGUUCGGACUCGCAUGCAUACAAAGGCGCUUGGGAAUACCCACUU